AUGUCUCUCACCGUCUACCACUUUCACUUCGCACAGUCGGACCGCAUUGUCUGGCUAUGUGAGGAGCUCUCCCUUUUGAUACCUACCUUCAAGUAUACUUUGAAGACCUUUCCUCGCGGGCUCGACACGUCUGUUGGCAAGCAGGAGAUCCUCAAGAUAGUUCCCGCCGGCACGACUCCGGCCAUCCAUGACACGACUGUCAAUCCACCCGUAGCCAUGACCGAGUCCCAAGGUAUCGUCAUGUACAUCCUUGCUGUGCAUGGAAAAGGCCACCUGCAGCCGCCUCCGCCCGGCCCAGACAGUCCGACUACCCCGCAAGAAUGGGCACAGUAUUGUUUUUGGCUAAGCUUCGCCAACGGCAGCUUCCAAGCCUUCGUCAACGUGGACAUCUACGCCGCUAGCCUCUUCGCUAAUGGCAUCAACAACGAACAAGAAUUCAAGAAUGGCAUUGUGCACCAAUCCUAUUCCGCCCGUACACCAAAUCACCUCAAGCAGUACGAAACGCGUCUCAGCAAAUCCAAGUAUCUCGCCGGAGAGGAGUUCACGGCUGCGGACAUCAUGCAAAUCUACGGUCUUACCCUGCUCCGACUGAUCUACCCAAUCGACCUGACGGAAUACCCCAAUAUCCGACGUUGGCUGAAGGACAUCACGUCGCGUAAAGGGUACAAGAAUGCAAUGGACAAGGCCGAGGACGGGAUUCCAGCUCUGUACCAGCCAACGACGCCACUGGUGACGUUUGAGGUGCUGCUCAGCGCCAACCCGUGGCAUAGCAUUGAUGGGCUGAGGAAGCUGAAGGAGGAGCAGGAUCCGGAGUGGAAGGUGGAGGAUUCGACAUUUGAGCGGUUGACGCCUGGACCGGAUGCUUUGCAAGCUAUAAAAGAGAACCUAAAGGACCUUCCGACUAACAGAAUGGCGGCCUGA